AUGACCGCGAGAUACGAGACCGAAGCCCACUGCGAGCAGCACGUGGCGAUGCUGCUGGCGGGUCAUGCAGAGACGCAAUGGACCCAGCACGACUGUCGCUUCUGUCUGGUUGAUGCCUCCCUGUCCGUGUCGGUGCGCGGCCAUCUCUUCAAGGAGCCCGAUCGGCUUCGCAGGCACGUGUGCAGCAACCACAUCUACCCGGAUCGCCACCCGCAGCGCAGCUGUCCUUACUGCCGCGCCAGCAUGGCCGCCUACAACCUCAUCGACCACCUUCGGGAGCAGCACGAUCUGGCGCUCGGUUCCACCUUGGCCCAACGCCAGCACGACCAGGUUGGAUGUGGCUCGAAUUCUGGCGGCAGGGCCGAAUGGAUCGACUGGAUCCCAUCCAUCACGCCAUCGACGCCGGCAGGGCAGCAGCAGCCGCAGCCCGUAGGCGAAGCUCAGGUAGCGCCUCAUCUGCCUGCAGCAUCGGCCAGACCAACCAGAGCCCUGCCGCGGCCAUGUCCGCCAGCAUGGAAGCGGCAGCUGGUGGCAGCCGCGGCGGCGGCCACGUCGUUGGACGCACGAGCCAUGACGUUCACUGCCGCCCAGGACAACACAUCGUCGCCGAGGCCGAGCUGCACGCGAUCGAGCAGCUGGAAGCCCUGCCUGCUGCCGCAUCCAGCUCGGCGGAGCAUCGCGAGGAUGGGCGGUGCUAUGCGUCUACGCACCUAUCGCAAGAAGACGUCGCCCGCCCGUACGCUUGUCUGUCCCUUCUGCGCCGCUGAUGAGCAGGCCAGCUCGACGGACCGGACCAAGGUGUGGAGGCCGGCAAAGAUCGGACGGCUUAUCGUAAUGAUCCAUCUGUUCAGCCAGACGAGCAGCGGGUUUUCCUGCUGCCCCGUCUGCAGUCAGUCCAUGCGUAUCGACAGGCUGGCGCUCCAUCUCGACCAGCAGCACGACUUGACUCUGGCAAGCAAGAGCUCGGAGCCGCUGUCCGAGGAUCUUUGCAACUUGCAGAAAUUCUGCCUAUUCCAGGAAUGGAUCGCACAAGGCUGUCGCGCCAAGCCACGACACGUGCCCCAUUGCCCAGAAGAAGCUGUCAAGCGCCGCCAGGAGGCGCAGCCACUCGUCAUCUGCGUCCACCGAUGCGCAGGCUCGCAGCAGCAGCCGGCCUUCAAGAGUGGCUAA